UGACAGUCAAAUGUGACAUAACGAUUCAAAAUAAAACGUGCAUGCUUGUGAGGUUAGAUCGUAGCAAAAUAACAAUUACUUAAUGCUACACUGAAUAUUUGCGUGUGGUAGAAUAAGUAGAAAUACCUUGUUAUAAUGGACGAGUUAAUUGUAGGCACGUACGAAGGCUUCGUACUUGGUUAUUCUAUACGUACUGAAGAUGCGGUAAUGAAAUUAAAACAAACGUUUGCUACUCAUUCACAUACGGCAUCAGUGCGAUGUAUGUCUAUAGGAGGAAAAUUCCUUGCAUCGGGUGGUACCGAUGAUAAAGUAGUAGUUAUCGACAUGAAAACUCGUAAAGAGCACACAGUCUUAAUGAACCACGAUGGAACUAUAAAUACAGUCGCUUUCACUAACGGCGGUACACAUCUACUAACUGGCAGUGAUGACGGUACAAUAAUUGUAACCAGGACAGGCAACUGGCAAAUAGAAAAGAUAUGGAAGAAAGCACACGGAGGUCAGCCAGUCACAGCUAUUGCUGUACAUCCAUCAGAUAAACUUGCGCUUAGUGUAGGUGGUGACAAAACUCUUAGAACAUGGAAUUUGAUCAAAGGUCGUCCUGCAUUCACUAUCAACCUUGCUAGCAAAGGCGUCUUAUUACCAACAGAAAUUAAGUUUUCUCCAGGAGGAGACAGAUUUUCAUUAGUAUCUCAACAAACUGUUGAUGUAUGGACAAUAAGUAAAGCAGGUGUAGAAAAACGAAUAACUUGCAACUCAAAACCAACAUCUGUGCAGUGGUUGACUGAUGAGAGGAUAUAUGUAGGAUUAGAAAAUGGCAAUAUAAUUACUCUGACUGUAUCUGAUACUCAAGCUCUCACUUAUAAAGCACACAAACAGAGAGUAAAAUCACUGCAUUAUGAAAAUGAAAUGUUAUAUUCAGCUUCUAGUUCAGGAGAGCUGAAGGUCUGGUCAGUCGAUGAUUCUAGAUUAGAUGAGCUUUGUUCCUGCAAUGCUUCAUGUAGGGUAACUUGUGUCACCUUGAAUAGGCAAAGCCAUCUUAUUAAAAAGGAAGAUAAGUCUGAUGAAGAAGAAACAGAAGAGAAAGCAGCAAGUGAGGACAAUGAGGAUUCUGAUGAGGCUGAGGAAGUCAGUCCUCCCCCUUCAAAGAGAAAACCUGGAGCUUUUGUCACCAUAAGUUAUGGUGACGAUGACAAAGAUGAUAAUGAAGAAGAUACUGAAGAAGUCACACCACCACCAGCAAAGAAAUUCAAGAAAAGAAAACGUAACAAAAAGACUAAGAAGACUCUUAAACCUGAUGAUUAAAUUUAAUAUUUGAUGUUAUACUAUUUGUAUUUUAUUUAUUAUCAUUUGAAUUUUGGGUCCUCAAUGCAAUAUUUUCUAUGGAUAAGAUUUCAUGCAUUAAUAGUAGCAGCAAGAAAACUCACAUCUACAAUGGAGGAUUAUAUUUUCAUUGUCUUCUCACAAAAUGUACAUGAUACACAAGAACACAGUAAAAAACAAUGUGAUGUAGACUUUGGUUUGUUUAUUAAAUUAUAAAUAAAAAAAUCUCUUGAACACACACCCAAAUACAUAAUUAAGUUCAUAAUAAAUUAAUUUGGUCCCGAAAUAAAUAUUAUAUUAAAAUAAUUAAAGGAAACUGUAAAUUAAAAAAAAAACAACAACAUAACACAAAAGUACUGAUCAAUUUUGGCAAUGGACUCUACUUAUUAUUAAACCUUAAAUGAAAUAAAUAUUCUAAAUGCGUAACGCACAUCCAGUCACACAGUAUGAUUUCAAGCUCACUCUGGUAGUAUCCACAUUAUCUACUCGAAACUAUAUUUACAUGAUUACAUGAUGGGGCAUGGAACCAAAUGACGCACAUGAAUACACAGACAGUAACACUUACUUGUUAGAUUAGAUAAACCAUAAUGUAUGUCGCCUAAGAAAAACUAUAAAGCUCAUCUAAACGAUUAAAACUCCACACGGAAACAACUAUGUAUAUAAGUAGAAAUAGUAAUUUACUGGAAUGUAUAAUAAAUCGUGAAGAUUGCAUUUCAUAAGAAUUCACAAGAUAGUAACUGUUUCGAAUAAAUAUUAUGACAUGGGCUGGGAAGAUAAUCCGGUACUCUUACAUGACAUGAGAUCACAAUAUGUUUCAUGAAUGUUACUUCACUAUACAAUUUAAAAUAUACUAAACGCUGGCGACGCAAUAGAAUAUAAUCAGUCACCGUAUCACUAAGUACAUUUUGUGCAAUAUAAUUCGUAAUUAUAAAUAAAUGCCAAGGAUUAUCAAAAUCAGUUUGCAUUGCAUUGGCCACGAACGUAAAUAAAUUACUGCAUUACAAUCUCAUUAUUAUAAUUAUAUUGGUGAUAAUUACAUACGAGAAAGUUAUUUUCUAAUAUUAAAUACUUCAAAAUUUCUAAGAAAAAAUUGUUAUAUUUCAUGACUUUAGAACAUCUAAUUCAUCUUAUUGACUAGAUUGAGCCAGUAUUUUUUUCCUACAGUCCACAGCAUGAUCUCGAACUUCCAGAAAAACUGACGCAAUUAAUACAAAAUUGUAGGAACGAUGAAGAAACCAACAAAACGGCUGUCGAAUAUAGUAUGGAAAUAGAUUACAAUAGACAGUCUAGAUAAAUGAGUUCUACUUGUCCUGUCCCACAUUCACUUAGGUCUAAUUUUCGAUUAAUAAUAUUCGUUUCUUCGUUUGAAGCAGCACUAAUGUCACUAGUCUCUAAGCUAUGGGUCAGAUGGCACUCUGUAUGCUAUCAGACACAGCUUUAUACCCACCACCAAUACCAUCGCGAGCUUCAGUCACAUGAACAUAUUUCAUAUCAUUACCUACUUUUUAAUAAUAUCUUAGAAUGUAACUACACGCUUUCGAACUUCCAAACACAAAGAAAAGGCAAGAAAGGAAAGUUGAAUACGAGUCGGAAAUUCUAGAUAAUUUAUACAAAAAUUAGGUCAACCUUUUAUAGAUAAUUAUAUUUCAUUCAUUCUUAUAGAUGCCAUAAAUAAUUGCCAUAGAAAAAUAAACAUAGUUGAGAAACAGAGGCAGUUCACAUGAAGCGUAAAUAUUUAAAAUUUAAAGGAAAUGCAGUCACGAAAAAACGUAGAAUUUAAAGUGUGCAAACAUCUAUCUCUGUCAUAUUAAAUGACACGUAAUGUAUACGAAUUGUUUUGCACAGCAGUAAGAGUUGGUAAGUUCAUGUGAACUGACUCAUUCUUUGGUGAUGGCAUGUCAGAGCCGUGUGAUAGAUUUACUUCUUCUUGGCUUUUUUCUCGGCUUUCUUAAGGGCUUUGAGGUGUUUUUCGUGCGCGGAUCGUAAGUCCUUGAGGCGUCGCUUCAUGCGGCGGCGGUCGUCCCCGCCCAGCCCCAGCAGUUUCAGGUCCGCGGAGCUCAGCGCCAGCAGUAGAGCUCCGUCCACGCCGCGCGCCGCGAAGGCGCCCGCGUGGCGCUCCAACCCCUCGCCUAGCCCUGACACCCACU